AUGACCGCCGCCGGCUUGAUCAGCGCGACCAUAACGGCGCCCCCUUCCCUAUGCACGACAACACUUCUACCUGACACUGGAGUUAUGACACUGGGACUCGAUGGCGUCCCUACGAUAUUGACCGAACCCGCGGUAUACCAAAUACCAUGCCCGACUCACGAUAUUCUCCCUCGAGCCGAAGUCCAUGUGACAUACGCUGCUUCAGGCGAUGAGAGCAGUCUCACUCAGCAUGAACUGUCAGACAGCAGCCCAAAAUUCUCAGACUUUCGCGAUCCCUUUUACGCCUCUACUUUCCCAAUCUGUUACGCCCUCGCCGCGACUACCGUCACUGCGUACAUGCUGGUUAUCAUGCUCUUCGUUACUCCCCGAUCUUUCCUUGACGGAGGAAUUGUUUACCUAGGCCGAAAAUCCGCUUUCACUCACAGCUCCAACAAUAGCGUCACCAUUGGUGGCCGGCCAUGGCUACAGAAAGUUGCCGCUCUAACCGUCGCCAUUUCACUAACUAUCGCGUCGGCCGACACCUUCAGAGUAGCUAAAAGCCAGUAUACGUGGGGGAUUCAGAAUGCGAAUCAACUGCAGGACGAAGUGAUGAACAGCGUCGAACUCAAGGUGAUCCGACUUGUUUCCGAUACGUUUUUAUGGCUAGCCCAAGCCCAAACUCUUAUCCGACUCUUUCCCAGACACCGAGAAAAGAUCAUUAUCAAAUGGGUUGCAUUCGCGCUCAUCACUCUUGACGUUGUGUUCAGUGCUGUUACCAGUUUCAAAUACUCAGACAACGGCAUCAACACAACCGCGCGACCCAAGAACUUUGUUCACCCAGUCCCUGCCCUCAGUUACCUCUUCCAGCUUUCCCUCGGUUUGCUGUACGCCGCCUGGGUUGUCUAUUUUGCGCUAAUGAAGAAACGUUACUCUUUCUAUCACCCUUUUAUGAAAAACAUCAGCUUCGUCGCCAUCAUUUCUCUUAUUUCGAUUCUGAUCCCCGUUGUUUUCUUCAUUCUCGAUAUCUCUCAGCCUGAUUUCACUGGAUGGGGAGAUUAUGUGCGAUGGGUUGGUGCUGCAGCCGCCAGUGUUGUUGUAUGGGAAUGGGUGGAAAGGAUUGAGGCUUUGGAACGCGAGGAGAAGAAGGAUGGUAUUCUCGGCCGAGAAGUUUUUGACGGAGACGAUACUCUCGAAAUCAACGCAUCCGAGUUCCCAUGGCUCCGUAAUCGCAAGAGCAGAAAAGGCGGCAGUUCAGGCGGUGGUAGCGAUGGAGAUCGACCACAGAUGUCUGCGACUUCUGCCAACGGCUGGCCCACUGUCUCUUCUAUUGCCAACAGAUAUCGCGGUCAGAACAAUGGUGCAUUUGCCGAAACACUUGAUCAACCUUUACAAAGAGGGACAGCCAGAGGAUUGCGACCUGUGAUAUGGCCGACCCGACCGGCGCCUGCUGCUACACCUAUUAGUCGUGCAGAUACGGCCAGCGCUGCGAGCACAGUCUAUGCUGUCAGGUACCAGGCACCCUCAGAGACAACUUCACGAACCCCCGAUCCUAUGCCACUUCCCGGUGUGGUCGACUUGAGUCAGCAAAGCAGCACGCCUCCAAGCCAACAACUGAACGACGAAUCCAGCUCUUCCAAUCAGGCCCCCGCCUCUCUGCAAAACAGUAUUGUUGUGCCACCCACGUCACAACAACCUGUAGAUUUAGAAGCCAAUUCACCAAAUUCAUCAGCUCGAGGCGGUUGGCGAAAUCUUACUUUUGCGAGCUCGACUUUAAAUCGACCAAACGAGGAUGCGUCGACGGAUGUGGCGCAACGCUCAGACGGCAAUGUGGCAGCAGCUCGUGAAGGACGGGCAAACAGUUCCAGCCGAUGGGAUCUAAAGGGUCGCUUGGAGGACUUUGCAGCAAACCAAGCCGAGAAACUACGAGAUCGCAUGCGAACAGCUCCCAACACUGAGAGCCUCCCCGUAACGGUCAUACCGGCUCCUCCCCGAAGAGGAGCCGCCCUGCAGCAGGUUCUGGAGGAGGAGGAACUCAACACCACAGACCGGCAAUCACCGCAAUCGUCAAGCAGGCACCCUUUUGCGAACCACAACAGCACGACCAGUCAGAGCAGCGCGUCGAGGGAUGCGUCAGGAGAAGUGGGACGUCUAGACAGGAGCCGAAGCACAUCCUCGGGCAGUCCAGGGAAUGGGCCUAUUCCGCCUAACAAUCCACCACUUUGGCGGGGCGUCCGUCCGAGACCGGCCAACGAAGACGAUUUCUACGAUGACUCUGACGAUGGUUCGUUAUCGGAUAGGUCCUCUUUGGAUCACCCGAGACAAGACUCAGAUUCACCGGGAACCCGCCGAGCGACCUGAAAUUUUGUGUGCUGAUAGUUGUGCAUCAAGCGAGGCGUUGUUUUCUGUUAAAAAAAGACUGGUGUUUGAACGGGCAUUGGGAUGGUUUGUAUGAAUGAUACCCCUGGAAUGAAUGCAUCAUUCCUCAAAUGUAUAUCUAUGGGAGGGAAUUACAAACAUGACGGCCACAUUCAGAGCUCUGUAUGUAUUGCAUGGGUUCAGGCGUCAAGCAAGAAUUAUGGCGUUAUAUUGAUGGAACUGGACGAGUGCACAUGCUCCAUUUGGAAGAGCUUUGUAUACUGCACUUGGAAUUACUUG